UUCUCCUUAGGCUUAGCAAAUUGUGCCUGGAAAAUGAAAGCUUUGCUCCAAUAUUUCUUCCUCUUAUUCAUGUUCAAUAUCUCCACUAUCAUUAUUACCUGUGCUAAUACCAUCCCUGCAGUUCAACACCAGCAACUGUUGUUGCUCAAUUUCAAAAAAACCUUUACAUUUCCUGAUUUUUCUCCUACUGCGUCCAAGUUCAUAUCAUGGAAUUCAAGUACCGACUGUUGUUCUUGGAUGGGUGUUACUUGCAGUACUAAUGGACAUGUUGUUGGUCUUGACAUUAGCAACCAAUCUAUCUCCGGUGGGAUUGACAAUUCGAGCAGUCUUUUUGAUCUUCAACAGCUUCAAAGCCUCAAUUUAGCAAAUAAUAUCUUUAGCUAUGGCUCUCGCAUUCCAUCUGCAAUUGGAAAGCUUACAAACUCGAGGCCAUUUGAGAGCCCUAAUUUAAGCAUGGUCUUUCACAACCUCACAGAUCUCACAGAGAUAUAUCUUGAUGGUGUGAAUAUAUCAGCACAGGGGAAUGAGUGGUGUCAAGCGAUAUCAUCUUCACUCCCAAACCUGAGGGUGUUGAGCUUGUCUAACACUCUUCUUUCGGGUCAUGUUGAUCGGUCCCUCACCAAGCUACAGUCUCUAUCCGUGAUUCAAUUGGAUCGUAAUGAGAUCUCGGGUCCAAUUCCAGGAUUCUUUGCCAACUUUUCAAACAUGAGGGUGUUCAGAUGGGGUGGUAACAAUAUCUGUGCUCCAGUUCUCCAGUUCUAGGGUUCUUUGCCAAUUUUUCAAAGCUGGCUUUCUUACAUCUCAGUAGUUGUUCGUUGCAAGGAACAUUUCCAAAAGAGAUCCUUCAGGUACCUACUCUGAAAAUUAUUGACCUUUCAUUUAAUGAAGAACUUCAUGGUUCCUUGCCAGAAUUUCCAAACAAUCGAUCUCUUCGGUCCUUGGUUCUAGGUUUCACAAAAUUUUCAGGGUUAUUGCCGGAGUCUAUAGGCAACCUCAAGGUUUUGGAAACAAUUGAUCUUGUAAACUACAGUUUCAAUGGUCCAAUCCCAUCCUCUCUCUUUUCUCUUCCCUUGUUGGUGGAACUAGUACUUUCCCACAAUCGAUUCUCUGGUCAUCUCAGUGAGUUUUCUAACGCCUAUUCCAACUUAGUUAACCUUGAUUUGAGUUUUAAUAAUUUGGAAGGUCCAAUUCCUGCGUCUAUCUUUAAUUUUGGAGGGUUUGGAGAACUCUCUCUUUCUUCAAACAAUUUUAGUAACUUUCCUUUCAAUGGUCCUCAGCAUCUGAAAAAUCUGACCUUCAUUGAUCUUUAGUACAAUAGCUUGCUGAUUUUGUAUAAUGGUACCAAUUCCUCGUACUUCUCAUUUCCUCAAAUUAUGACACUGCAUUUGGCUUCUAACAAGUUGAGAGAAAUACCAGGUUUCCUGAUAAACCAAUCUGAAUUAUCUGAGUUGGACCUUUCGGAGAAUCAUAUUCAAGGUGAGAUACCCAAUUGGAUUUGGAGUUUCAGAUAUCUUUCCCUAAAUCUUUCUUGUAACUCCUUGGUAACUCUAGAAGCUCAUUUCACUACGUCUAAUGUCAUUAUCCUUGACCUUCAUUCAAACCAACUCCAAGGAGAAAUCCCUUAUACCUCACCAAAUGCCAUUUAUCUAGAUUACUCCAGCAAUCAUUUCUGUUGUAGUAUUCCAGCUGACAUAGGUGAUUUCUUUAAUCUGGACACUUCGUUCUUAUCUCUUUCAAACAAUAACUUGCGUGCAUCAUUCCAGCAUCAAUAUGCAAGGGAGGUCAUGAGCUUAUUGAUCUGUCCAAUAAUUCCUUGAGUGGUAUGGUUCCUCGAUGUUUGUUUACAAAAAAAAAAGGGUCUAGGAGUACUUAAUUUAAGGAGAAACAACCUCACCAGAACUAUUUCAAAUUUUGAGUUUUUAGAAUCAUGUGGAUUGCACACUUUAGACCUUGGGGAAAAUCGGAUUAAAGGUCAGUUUCCAAAAUCUCUAGCCAACUACAGAUCAUUACAGUUUUUAAACCUUGGAAACAAUCAAAUGAAAGAUGCCUUUCCUUGUUUGUUAUUGAACAUAUCCACUUUGCAUGUUCUUCUUUUGCGGUCCAACAAAUUUUAUGGAUGCAUUGCAUGUCCCAAAACCAAUGGCACCUGGCCAAUGCUUCAAAUUAUAGACCUAGCUGACAACAAUUUGAGUGGUGAAAUACCGAGAAGAUCUUUGGCAACAUGGCUGCCAAUGAGGGCUAAUGAAGAUGAUUCCCUUGGCAAGGCCAAACACCUAAAAUUUUUCUUUUGAGGAUGGUAUAACAUUUACCAGAAAAGACUCAAGGAUGGACAUGGUUAAGAUUCUAACUAUCUUGACCUUGAUUGAUUUCCCAUGCAACAAUUUCAGUGGACCAAUACUUAAGGAAAUGGGAGAGUUUAAGUCACUAUACUUCCUUAACUUGUCUUACUAUUCUUUCACAAGCAAAAUCCCAUCGUCAUUUGGCAACAUGCAUCAACUGGAGUUGUUAGACCUCUCACAGAACAAGCUGAGCGGGGAAAUUCCACCGCAGUUGGCAAAGCUUAAUUUCCUUGCAUUCUUGAAUCUUUCAAAUUAAUAAUCAACUUGUUGGCAAGAUCACAGCUGGUACUCAAAUUUCAACAUUUCCAAAAGAAUCAUUUACGGGUAAUAAAGGAUUAUGGGGCCUCCGCUAACGAUGGAUAAGAAGGCAGGAUUGUCACCCCCACAAGUAAAUGGAAACCAUCCAAAUUCUAGACAUGAGAUUGACUGAGAUCUUAUCAGUGUCGAAAUCGGAUUUGCGUCUGGCUUUGCGGUUGCGAUUGGGUCACUUGUGUUGUGCAAGAGAUGGGGUAAAUGGUAUUAUAGAGCUAUGUAUAAAAUCCUUGUUAACAUAUUCCCUUAGCUUGAAGAAAGAAUUGGUCCUCACGUAAGGCAUGUUCAACUAAAUUAGAGGUGGUGAAGUUGAAAUGUUCACAUAAAGCGUUUGGGGGUAGCGUAAUUGGUAAACCCUCAAGAGACGCAACUCCUCCUACUUUGUUGCACAAUUUAAUGUUUUGCUUGAGAACUAGCAAAAGAUAAGUUGGGUUACAUAUUUUGUAUUUCUUUUUAUCUAAUUAAAGUAGCUCUGAUUUUAUGUUAAAUUGCUGAAAUUAAUUAGUUUUAUACAAGUUAUGUAAAAAAGAUAAUUUGUGAACAAAUAAUGGAAUUUGGGUCUUAAAUGGUAGAAGCACAACGAAUCACCGGGUGGACCGUGAGCUGUGAUGGACUGGAUUCAAAACUUUAGGCUGUCGUGCUUAGAUUUAGGCUUGUAAUUCUCAAACUUUGAGCAAAUAAAGUUGGGUGAAGGGAAAUUUGAUUGAGUGGGAAUGAUAAGCUGUCUGUCAUCUUCAUUGGUUUUUUCCUACUUUUUGCAAGGUGACAUUCAAUUGUUGGUACAAUUUCAAGUCAGAUAUGCUCUCUGAUCUUGAGUUUGAGGUACGAAGUGACAAAAAUACAGAUGAUUUGUUGAUUGAAAGUUUUGAGAGGACGUAUGCUAUUUGACGGUAACCAAAGAUGAACUGAAAUGCCUUUAACCUUUUUGGGCUCUACUAGGUAUCAGUCCUACCCUUCAGGGUGUGCUAUACCUCAUGCUCCGUCAAAAAUGAAAGCAUUCUUAUACUAUUUUAAUUUAUCAGAAAGGAGAUUUGAAUUCGGUUACAAGGGAAUUCUACCCCAACCAAUUGAUUUAACCCACAUUUAUCUACUUCCAAGUUUCAACCAACAGAAAAUUCUAGAAGUUAGUUACUGAGCACAACCCAAAAUACGUGUACGCAAUUCCAACUGUUUUCUGUUGACACAAUCCAAGC